AGCGGCACAUCGGGCUGGACUCCGGGCAGCGGCACAGGGCCCCCAGGAGGAGCGGCAGGCACAGGGCCCCCAGGCGGGGCGGCAGGCACAGGGCCCCCAGGCGGGGAGGCAGGCACCGGGGCCCACAGGAGGAGCGGCGGGCGCCGGGCCCCCCAGGCGGAGCGCCGGGCCCCCAGGCGGAGCGGCGGGGGCACCGGGUCAUCAGGCACGACAGCGGGCAUCAGGUCACCAGGCAUCAGGUCAUUUGGCUCGCCAGCGGGCACCGCUGGGCACCGAGUCACCAGGCACGACAGUGGGCUCCGAGUCAACUGGCAU